AUGCACACAAUGGGUGACGUGGGGAUGGUGGUUCCUGCGCUUCUUGCACAGAGGAAGGCGUUGGGUACGGCCGCCUGGAAGGAGGUGUGCCACAGCUUUGCGAAUCUCAGCGCAGGGCACAGCCUGGAGGAUUUGGCGCUCAAGACGUCGGAGGCAGCGAGCCCCGCGAUGGAAAGGCAGAAGUGCUGGCAGCUUGCGCUGCGUGGCUCUGAAGGGCUUGAGCUCCCGGGCCAGGUCUUCGCCGCCCCGAACCCCUUCCUGCGGGCUCUGAAGGCAAUGCUGGGAGGGGACAUCUCCACUUCGAUUGGAGCCACAGGAGGAGAGGUUUGCCCCGAGCUCGGCGAGGCCGUCGACGGAAGGCUUCGUGCCUGCGAGUGUGAGAGUGAGAGCCUAGGCGGCCACGUCCCACUUACAACACCAGCGCUUCGCGGUGCCUUUUUGGAAGCCCCUUGUGGCGCACUGACGCUUUCUGCCGAGGGCUCCAAGGCGCCAAAGGCAGCGCCGCAGCCCUGGCCACAGGUGGACGAGGCGCUCCCCGAAAAGCGUCUGAAGGGCGAAGCAUGGGUGGGAAGCUCUGGUGGGAAAGUCACCGCAUUGCUGCCGCUGCUGUGCAGUCCCCAUGCUGAGCCAACGUCCCUGUCACAGCACUGCGCCCGCUUGAAUGAUCUUGAUGGCUGCCGCAGCGGAGGUGCCGAGCCAGCUGCCGACCGCAACGCAAGGCGCGCAGACACCGCUGCACAAGUCAAGACAGGGGCAGACGGAGACGCCGCAGUCAGCAUCCCGCCGUCUGUAGGUGGCAGCGUGAGCAGCUUCUUCGAAGCUGUCCGGUCCCUGUUGUGGGAUUCGAAGUGCCGCUGA